AUGCAGUUAACCACUUUGGCAACCCUGAGCCUUUUUCUCGGCCUCCCCCUGACGGCUGUUGCCCAGAGCGCAUGUACGGGCGCCACAAUCGCAGACAACAAGAACUUGGACGAGAGCGUCGCUUUUAAUUUCAACAAGCAACGCAACAUAUACGAAACGGUCUUAGAGAUGGGCGCUGCGGCAGCUAGAGUCCCAGGCCUGAACAUUAACAACUACAGCGACGACAAGAAGAAAUUUUGUUUGGCCAGCGAGCCCAGCACCCCGCAAAUAGUCAGCUGCUUUGAACUCGGCCCGCAUUCAACGUGCGCUGUGAGCGAUUAUUAUGGCAAGCCUUUUAGACUUGAUACCUAUCUUAUUUAA